AUGUGCAUGACAGUUGCCCUGAAGAACCACAGCUGCACAGGGGUAACAGGCAAGGCCAGUAGCCCUGACAACAGCAAUGCCACAGGAUUGGUUGAUGGAUGGUUGCCUGAGGGCGAGCUUCUGUUGCAGGCCCUCAGUGGAUUUGUCCUGGUUGUCACUUCAGAGGGACAUAUUUUUUAUUCUUCUCACACCAUUCAAGACUAUCUUGGGUUUCAUCAGACGGAUGUUAUGAACCAGAGUGUCUUUGAGCUGAUCCACACUGAGGACCAGCAGGAGUUCAGAAGGAACCUGCACUGGGCCCUCAACCCCUCCAGCCUCUCUGAACCAGAGGAGUCCACACAAGGAGACAAAGUCCCCAGUUCCUCAGUGGUCAUUUACAACCCAGACCAGCUGCCUCCCGAAAACUCCUCCUUCCUGGAGCGGAGCUUUGUAUGUCGUUUCCGAUGCUUGCUGGACAACUCCUCCGGGUUUUUGGCAUUGAACCUGCAAGGCCGAUUGAAGUUCCUCCAUGGCCAGAACAGGUGGUCGGACAAAGGCUCCCUGGUGCCCCCCCAGCUGGCUCUGUUUGUCAUCGCUAUGCCCCUGCAGCCUCCUUCCAUACUGGAGAUCAGGACCAAAAACAUGAUCUUCAGAACCAAGCACAAGCUGGACUUCACACCUUUAGCCUGCGAUGCCAAGGGUAAGAUUGUCCUGGGAUACACCGAAGCUGAGCUCCGAGUGCGGGGGACAGGUUACCAGUUUAUCCAUGCUGCAGACAUGCUGUAUUGUGCAGAGAAUCACGUCAGAAUGAUAAAGACAGGAGAAAGUGGUCUGACGGUCUUCCGGCUCUUGACAAAGGAGAAUCGAUGGAAGUGGGUUCAGGCAAAUGCCAGGCUGGUGUAUAAGAAUGGAAAACCGGACUACAUCAUUGCCACACAGAGGCCUCUUGUGGAAGAAGAAGGAGGCGAACACCUCCGAAAGCGCUCUAUGCAUCUUCCUUUCACCUUUGCUACUGGAGAAGCGCUGUUGUACCAGACCAGCUACCCCAUCCCCGGCCGCCCGGAUCCUUUCCAGGUGAAGGAGAAGCGCGCCAAGUCCAAUAAGCAUUCUCAGAACAAGCAGGAGAAGGAGCAGAAUGACACCGUCAAUCCCAACUCUGUUCUGGGGGCCAUGAUGAGGCAAGAUGAAUCCAUUUACAUCUCCCAUCCGGCACUGGAGCCCAAGUAUUCCUUCAAUACCAGCUUGUUCAAUGAACAGGGAGAUUCCACCAGCUUUCCCAACCCAGGGGGGGACAGCUGGAACGCAGUUCCAAAUGGGAGCAAUGGGCUAAAACCAGAGCUAGAUACUUUUGGACCAGUUGACCCCCUCCUAUCAACCUUAGACUCUCUGUCAUUAGACAAUGACGGGGACUGCUCAAAUAACGAGCUGUUUAGCGCACUGGAGAACAUUGGGCUGAACGCAGAAGACCUAGAACUUAUCUUGUUAGACGAGAGGAUGAUCAGAAUAGAAAUAGACCCGGGCUACAUCCCUUCCCUCAACGACCUUUUAACAAACAACGAAAUCUUAUCUUACGUUCAUGAUUCUCUGGAGAACAGAACUGAGGAGGGGGGCUCUGAUAAUCAGCUGUCCUGUCCAUGGCCUGUUCCCCACCAAACCACCCCCAAACUGCAAGAAACACCAGCACAGUAUUAUCCCCACCAGCAACAGUUGCCGCAAAAUCAGCAGCCAAUUUUACAGUUCUCACAGCAAAUGCAGCAGCAUCUCCACACUCAAAACCCACCGAUUAAAGAGCACCAGUGGAUUCAUCAGCUUCAGUCACCGACUCCCGAACUACAAAUCCAGAUGAAUAAGCAAAACCUGCCCCACAGACUCCCACAAGGGAACAGCAUUCAACACUGGGAUCAGCGACUGCAGGGGCAACAUGCAGCCCAAAACAGCCACUGGAUUACCCAAAAUGUGCCUAUGAGCAUCAAUGGGCAGGCUGCGGAGCAUAGCUCUCACACACAUCAAGGGGGCCUGCAGCAGAAGCCCCAGCUCCCACAACAGCAGCUCCACGUACACCUCCAGCCACAGUGCCAUUUCAAACAAAAGGCCAACAAUGUUUUGACAGUAAAUGGGAUGCAUGGCCAGGGUUCAGUGAAUCAGCAGACAUUGGGCAACCACCAUGGCUACGUGCCGGUAACCAACCCUAAUCAGGUUGAGCAGCCAACAAACAUGUCUGCGUAUAAUACUGUGCAGGGGGUAGCCUCCUCCCAGCAGCUCUGCCAACCUCAGGUCCCAAGCACUGGAAUGGCUCAUGGGGAUUAUAACAUGAGCGAUAUGCCUAACCUGGAUUUUACAAUAAACAGUGGACUCGUCGAAGAAGUCCACCAAUAUCAGGGGGUGGUGGCCACUGCUUCUUCCUAUCAGAUGAUCUCCCAGAAGCAGCAGGUCUCCUCCACUUGUUUCUCCCAGUAUCCUCCUCAGAAUCCUUCCUUGGAGCAGUUUCUAGAGAUGGAGAACGGAUGCAUCCUAACCAAUACAAACCUGGGGUAUCCUGAAGACCGUCUGCUCCCCAAUGGCAAUGAAGUCCCGUCGGACAAUGCGGAUCCACAUCUUCCCGGCACUCAGACUACUGGCUUUUACCUCUAAACAUGGGGAGAUUAUCAAGGUCAGACUUGGAUUAUCCCACGGAGUUGAAUAACAAGAAGGCUGGGUCU